AUGCACGGUUACGCCACCGACCCGCGGGCGUUGCCGUCUCGGGCAACGGAUCCGUCACCACUCUCGUUCGACAGCACAACCAGUUCAACCAGGCUUGAAUUCUCAGUCCUUUCUGACGCCACAAUAAUCGUUCUUCUGACAUACUAUGACCAAACCGCGAUCAGUUGUUUCGUCUUUCAUAUUCGAAGCAAAUGGCCGACCUCGAGUUGCCUUGUUUCAGCGGAGCGACAAAGUAUCCACAUAUCGGCCAUAAGCCAUCAUCUCGCGCCUAUCUCUGGGAGUAUAGAAAAGCACGAAUCACCCAUUGCAGCUGCGUGGCGCGAAUUGAAGGAAGAGACAACCUUGACAGCCCAAGAUGUGACUCUUUGGCGGCAGGGGAAGCCAUUCACAUUUGCUGAUACCGAGGUUGGGCGGCAGUGGACCAUAUAUCCUUUUAGCUUCCGGCUCACCAAUCUUACCGAUGGCGGCCGGGGUGAAGCCGGCAUUCAGAUUGACUGGGAGCAUGAGCGAUGGAAUUGGUAUCAGCCAGAUCAAGUGAUCGGUGAUGAGAAUCUCGGUGGUGUUCCUCGAUUGACGGACAGUCUACGUCGCGUUUGGUUCGAAGGGGAUCUGGUUGAAGCGGCGAGCAGAGCACUCCAGUCCGGUCUUGAGCAAUUGCAGACGGACCAUGUGAGUGGAUCACAUGAACUGACUGCAGUCGCCCUCCGGACCUUUCGUAAUGUGCUGAUACAUUUGGAGAACGAUCCAACAUGGUGGGAAAGCGCUCGAAUGGCAGCAUGGCACCUGUGGAAGAAUGGACGGGAGAGUAUGGGAUCAGCGACAUUGAAUGCCAUUCUCGGCGUUCUGGCCGAAAUAGACGAUAUACGGAACCAGGAAAUUGACAAAAGACCAACAUGGAAUCGGAUCCUAGCUGUGGUAGAUCACCAUCUACAGGACCGAACGACGAUGCCAUCGCGCAUCAAGGACUCUUUUGUUGCCUAUCUUCAGACCAACUUUCUCUCCACGGCCCAGUCACAGAACCAGGAUAAACUGACGAUCUUAACCCUCUCUGCCAGCUCCACUAUCCGAGACAGUAUCAUCGAUGCCUUUGCUGCCCUGCCUCUGACCUACCUAGAUUUGCGCGUUCUUGAAUCUCGGCCACUCUGCGAAGGAGUUACGAUGGCAUCGUCUCUUCUUGAAGCAUUUAAAUCUAGGUUUCCAGCCUCAGCUGGCCGUUAUUUCCAGCUUCAGAUCUUCACGGAGGCUUCAGCAGCUCUCGCUUCCACCGAUGUGGACUUCGUGCUGUUGGGAGCUGAUUGUAUUGCGAGCUCGGGCGCAGUUAGUAACAAGGCUGGGUCACUUCCGGCUGCACUGAGUGCCAAACAUGUCAGCUCCAAAUCAAAAGCGCUGAUAUUCAGUGGACUGGAAAAGGUAGCUGAGCCUGAAGAAGAGGAGAAUCGCGAGCCAGAGGAGAAUGAUGGUCGCGAAGUGAUGGCUCUUUGGAUGAACGGCGGGAAGGAGGGUCUGGAUCUUCUCAUGGAAGGUCUUCAGGGGAAGGCCCCAAACUGCACUGUUCAAGUGAAGAACACCUACUUUGAGUGGGUGCCUGCAACGCUUAUAGACGCAUACAUCUGCGAAGAAGGGGCACUGGAUGCCGCUGCAAUUCGAAACAAGGCAUCGCAGGUGAAAGAGAAUACUGACAGAUACUUCGGUUUACUCUAG